UUCAUGCCGUUCCUGCAAGCUCCAGUUUGCCUUCAGUGGUCCUUCUUGUUUGCUUGGGGCAUCUGCGGUGGCCCUUAGCCUUUGUCACCCUACGACCUGCGAGUUCUGAAACGUCUGCAGGAAGGAUCCCUGGGCACCACGGAAGUCGGAAAAUGGUUUUGCUGCCUCUAAGCCAGACAUGAUCACCUGCCUGGAACAAAAAAAAGAGCCUUGGGAUGUGAAGACAAAGGAGCCAGUAGCCAAACACCCAGCUUUGUCUUCUCAUUCUACUGAAGACUAUUUGCCAGAGCAGUAUAUAAAAUGUUUAUUCCCCAAAGUGAUACCAAAAAGAUCUGAAAGCUGUGGCCUUGAGAAUCUACAAUUAACAAAAGACUGGGAAAGUGUGGGGGAGCGUAAGGAGCAGAAAGGAUGCGAUAAUGAACGUAACAAAUGUUCAACGACUACACAUAGCAAAAUCUUCCAGUGUAAUGAAUGUUUGAAAUCUUUUAAGGUAUUGUUAAAUCUAAAUAGACAUAAGGUGAGACAUAAUGUAGAGAAACUUUUUCAAUGUGAAGAAUGUGGGAAAGCCUCUAACCAAUGCUCACAUAUUACUGAACAUAAAACAAUUCCUAAUACAAAGGAAUAUUACAAAUUGAAAGCAUGUAGCAAAACCUCUCACAGGCACUUGGCUCUUUGUACACAUAAAGGAAUUCAUACAGGAGAGAAACCCUAUGAAUGUGCAGAAUGUGACAAAAACGUCAAUCAUAUCUCAAUCCUUUUGAAACAUAAGAGAAUUCAUAGUGGAGAGAAACCAUACAAAUGUUUAGAUUGUGGCAAAGAUUUUAGCUUUUCCUCAUCCCUUAAGUUGCAUAAGAGAAUUCAUACUGGAGAGAAUCCCUACAAAUGUGAAGAAUGUGACAAAGCCUUUAAGCAGUCCUCACAUCUUACUACACAUAGGAGAAUUCAUUCUGGAGAGAAACCCUACAAAUGUGAAGAAUGUGGCAAAGCCUUUAAGCAGUCCUCAAAUCUUAGAAGACAUAAUGUAAUACAUACAGGAGAGAAGCCCUACAAAUGUCAGAAUGUGGCAAAGCCUUUAAGCAGUCCUCACAUCUUAGAAGACAUAAUGUAAUACAUACAGGAGAGAAGCCCUACAAAUGUGCAGAAUGUGGCAAACACUUUAAUCAUAUCUCAAGCCUUAUGAGACAUAAGAGAA